AUGGCCUCGCUGGACCUGCCCUACCGGUGCCCGCGCUGCGGGGAGCACAAGCGCUUCCGCAGCCUGUCCUCGCUGCGGGCGCACCUGGAGUACAACCACACCUACGAGACCCUCUACGUCCUCUCCAAGACCAACAGCAUCUGCGAUGCCGCCGUCUUCCCGCUGGCCGCCGACGGGGCGCUGCUGGCGCCGGCGGCGCGCCGGGACUACUUCGAGAGCACCUCCUUCCAGGGCAAGGACCAGCGCUUCUCCUGCGACCUGGUGCCCGCCGAGGAGCUGGAGCCGGCGCCCUCCUCCUCGCCCUCGCCCCGCUACGUCCACGAGAUCGAGAUCCCGCUGACGGAGAUCUUCGCCCGCGGCAAGGCCGUGGCGCCGGCGCCGGCGCCGCCGGCCGCGAUGGACGCGGCCUACGAGGAGGGGCUGGCGCGGCUGAAGAUCCGCGCCUUCGAGAAGCUGGAGGUGGACAAGCGGCUGGAGAAGCUGACGGAGGAGGUGGAGCAGAAGAUCGCCUCGCAGGUGGGCCGGCUCCAGGUGGAGCUGGACCGCAAGAGCUCGGAGCUGGAGAAGGCCAAGCAGGAGAGCCUGCGGCUGAGCCGGGAGAAGCAGGAGCUGGAGGACCGGGCGUCGGAGCUGUCGCGCCAGGUGGAUGUCAGCGUGGAGAUGUUGGCCUCCCUCAAGCAGGACCUGGUGCAGAAGGAGCAGGAGCUCACCCGCAAGCAACAGGAGGUGCUGCAGAUCGACCAGUUCCUGAAGGAGACGGCGGCACGCGAGGCCAACGCCAAGGUCCGGCUCCAGCACUUCAUCGAGGAGCUGCUGGACCGGGCGGAUCGGGCGGAGAAGCAGCUCCAGAUCAUCAGCAGCAGCUGUGGGACCACCCCAAACGGCAGCCUGGGGCGCUGCGGGACCCCCGGGGCCAAGGCCAUCUGCCGACCGAGAGACCGGCACCCAGGGCCGUGCGUUGCCGUGCACGGUGCGUACGCCGUGUCCAACCAGCGCUCCUCCUCCAGCACCGGGGCCUCGAGCCGGGCCAAGGCCGUGUCGCAGAGCUCGGGGUGCUACGACAGCGACAGCGCGGAGCCGUGUCCCACCGACGACACGGCCGACGGGCACCCCUACGCGGCGCGGGACGGAUCCCGCGGCUCGGGGCUGCGCCGCCAGGCCAUCCAGAACUGGCACCGCCGGCCCUACCGCAACAGCACCGAGGGGGAGGAGGGCGAUGUCUCCGACGUGGGAUCCCGCACCACCGAGUCGGAGGCCGAGGGCUGGGAGCCGGACGCGCCCGGAUCCGCCGCGUCCCGGCCCACCGGGAGCUGCCGGCUGACGGUGGCCACUGACGCCGGGUGUCCCCCGGCCAGGCCCGAGGGGGCCGGGGGCAAGGUGUGCCGGCUGGAGAGGGGCAGCCCGGGGCACUCCAGCGAGGUGAUCAGCCCCGAGAUCCUCAAGAUGAGGGCGGCUCUCUUCUGCAUCUUCACCUACCUGGACACCAGGACCCUGCUGCGGGCGGCCGAGGUGUGCAAGGACUGGAAGUUCGUGGCCCGGCACCCGGCCGUGUGGACGCGGGUGCUGCUGGAGAACGCCAGGGUGUCCUCCAAGUUCCUGGCCAUGCUGUCCCAGUGGUGCACCCAGAUGCACUCCCUCACCCUCCAAAACCUCAAGCCGCGCCAGCGAGGGAAGAAGGAGAGCAAGGAGGACUACAUGAGGAGCACACGGGGCUGCCUGGAGGCUGGUCUGGAGUCCCUGCUGAAGGCCACGGGCAGCAACCUGCUCAUCCUGCGCAUCUCGCACUGCCCCAACGUGCUGACGGACCGCUCCCUCUGGCUGGCCAGCUGCUACUGCCGGGCCCUGCAGGCUGUCACCUACCGGAGCUCCACGGACCCCGUGGGCCAUGAGGUCAUCUGGGCCCUUGGAGCAGGUUGCAGGGACAUCAUCUCCCUCCAGGUCGCACCUCUGCAUCCGUGCCAGCAGCCGACACGUUUCAGCAACCGGUGCCUGCAGAUGAUCGGGCGGUGCUGGCCCCACCUGCGGGCUCUGGGCGUCGGAGGCGCCGGCUGCGGCGUCCAGGGACUGGCAUCCUUAGCCCGGAACUGCAUGAGGCUCCAGGUCCUGGAGCUGGACCACGUGGCCGAGAUCAACCAGGAGGUGGCAGCCGAGGUGUGUCGGGAGGGGCUGAAGGGGCUGGAGAUGCUGGUGCUGACGUCCACCCCGGUCACCCCCAAAGCCCUGCUGCACUUCAACAGUGUGUGCCGGAACCUCAAGUCCAUCGUGGUGCAGGUGGGAAUCGUGGACUAUUUCAAGGAGCCCCACAGCCCUGAAGCCAAGAAGAUGUUUGAAGAAAUGGUGAACAAACUCCAGGCCCUGAGGAAAAGACCCGGCUUCUCCAAGAUUUUACACAUCAAAGUGGAAGGAGGCUGUUAGACCUUCAGGGAAGCACAAAGCACAUUCCCUCCCCUGCCUGGCGGGCGCCGGAGGCCCCGUGAAAACCAAACCCACCGCCCGGCGCGCGGAUCCGGAUCCGCCGGCUCGUGCACAAGGAAAACCCGAAACUCUCGCAGGCCUUAGUGACUGGCAGCCGGAGCUCAUCCCAGGGCUGGCUCGCGGGCGAGAAGGUGCUACUUCAGGACAGUUUUUUUUGGCUGCCCCAGGAGACAGGGCGACGCUCCUUCCCGGGAGGGGAAGAUGGCUCGGAACCCCCGCGGCCACUCGUUGCCAAGGAUCCGUGUUUGGGGGAUGCCUUUUUCUUUCGGGCUCUGUUUCUUGGAGGGGUUUUUUCUCUUUGACCGUCCGAGGAUCUCCCGGCCCAUCCCACGGGCUCCUUGUCCUCUCCGUGGGGUGGGGGAGGUGGGGUGGGAAGGGGCUGUUCCUCCAGAGGGAAGGACGCCCAGCGUUCCUGCGGGGUCUCCGUUUCAUUUGUUGGACAGAGGGGCUCCCAAACCUGGGCAAACGCCGCCCAGAGAGCAGCAGCCCCCACAGCACAAGCCCGGGGGGCAGAGCUGCAUCCCGGGGGGCUGUGGGAGCCAGAGGACACCAGGAGAGAUGGUUGCUCUUCCAGAGGUCUCCAGCCUCACUUCCUCUCCACCAAAACCUUCCUGCCAAGGCAAUAAACCACCUCCAAAAUCCUCGUCCACCAGGAAACACGGGUCACGCUCCGGUCCCCACCAUCCACCACCCCGUUCAGGCUCCAUCCGGAGCGAGUUGUCCCACGUGGAGAGAAGGACUGGAAUGGGACGCUCGUGUUUGCCAUCUCAUCGCCUUCCAGAGCAGCCUGAAGGAGAAACCCCGGGGCAAAUCAUCCCAAAAUCCAAAGCUGCUGGUGAAAGCACCACCCGACAGCCUCUGGUUGACCCUUAUCCGUGGCCACGGCUGGUUUUUUUAACUCUGCUUUUUCCUUCCCGGGUGUCUCCAAGGAGGUCGUCAUCCCCAAAAUACCCUUUUUUUUCCACAGGAAAAGGCUUUGGAAAGGCAUCCAGCAGGGCCAGGCAUCUCCAUGCUCCACCCUGGGGAUAAAGUACCAGGAGGUGCCCAGGGAACUGGGGACACCCGUCACAGCACUGCCAGCAGUGGGGACACACCGGCCUUAACCACAGCCCCUGGUCAUCCCAAUCCCCCGCCAGGUGCCCUUGGAUCGGGCUGAGCGGAGAGAAUCCGACUGGGAAAAGCAGAUUUUUGGGGUUUUUCCUCCGAUUUGGACCAGUGUUGGAGGUUUUGGUGCCUGCUGGCCAGCGUGGCUCCGAGGAGACAGCCCUUCCCAGGGCACCUCCCUCCACUUCCAGCCUUCCCAGGGUGAGGGGCUGACAGGGAACAUCCCUCCAGGAGGGAGGAGGCUGCAGAUCCAUCUGGGACCACAUUCCUCGCCCAUGGCAGAGCUCAGCCAGGGCUGCCAGCAUGACAACAGUCCGUGGGGAUCCUGAGAGACAGCAACAUCAAUCCCAAAUCGCUGAAGCCGGUGGGGGGCUGGAGGAACCUCCGGGGUCUCCAACCCCACCUCAGGAGAACCUUCAUCCCCCCUUCAUCCCACCCACGCCGUCUCCUGAAACAGGGUAAGGGAUUUUUGGCCAUAACCCCCGUUCGAAGCACCUCUGCUCCCCCCUCCAACUGCAGCUUUUCCAGGAGAAAGCUGCUCCCUGUCUGCACAAAAUGUGGGAGCCCCCCAAAAAAUGCCUGCGAGAAACUCCUGCCUCCCACCAUAUCCCCAUGGAUGAGCUUCCUGGCACCGGGAUCAGCUCCCUGCCGUGGCUUUACCUCCACCUGGGGAAGACUGGGACACAAAUUCCAGGGGCAAGAGGAGCAAGGGAUGCCCCGACCAGCAAAAAAAAAAACAAACCCACCCAGCAAAGCUACAACCCCCCGGGGAACAUCCAGCC